AUGUCUUCUCCGUUGCCUCGAGCGCCGCGCACUGCGAACCCCACUCAUCCAGAGUAUCUGGCGCAUCGCGUGUGGGCGCCACUCUCGCUUCCACAUGGAAUCAACGAGCAGGCUGAACAUGACCGCCUGCAACAUAUCCACAACAUAUUCUUUGAGGCCUUUGAGAAUGGCCAACUCAGGCUGCCAGGAUCAGUUUUUCCAUCUUACAGCAAUCUAGGCUCUGAUGUGGCUAAUGACUUGACCAUGUUGGAGGCUAGUGUCCGCUGGCAGGAAAAAAAACGUACGCCUAUCGACUUCAUCGCAGAAAGCAGCCAGGUUAAGACUUGGGCUGAUGGUGCAGCCGCCACAAUCCAUCUCUUGGCGAUGCAGGGUGACACAAAAUGGCUAUACCGAGAGGCCUACUUGGCCCUCAAGCCUGGGGGCUGGUUGAUGCAUCUCCAGCACCAUCACCAGUCCCAAGCCUACAUGAUGCAAAUGCCAGUCUCGCCGUCACACACGCAGCCGCCAAUAGAUCCGGUCAAGGCUGCGCUUCAGAACGAAGGUUUUACCAGCCUCGGCCUGAGUGUUGGACAUGUAUUGGAUCCAGGGAGCGCUAGUACCAACGUCCCUGCUGCUAGGACCUGCGAAGUAUCGAUAGGUAGCUUCUUGGGAAUUCCUGCUAGAGGUAGUCUUGGUGCCAUUGUCGACGGCGUCAACACGCUGGCUGUAUUCUUCCGAUGA